CUCCAAUUUCAAUAAAAAUGAAAUUCGAUGAUUUAGUAAUAGACGGAGGAGAAUUUCAAAAUAAUAGAUUUAAAAAAUAAAGAAGUUUUGAAAAGGAAUAAUUUUUUAUUUAAAAACUCGAAAACAAUUUUCUUAAAGAAAUCGAAACAAAUCAGUUUACUUAAAAUAUUAAAUUUGAUAAUAAAUUCUUCUAAUUAUAGUUUUAAAAAUUUAAAUAGCCUGUUAUUUUGUAAAAAAACUAAAUUACAUUUUGUGAUAAUAUUAAAAAAUUUGAUUAUAAACAAUACAUUGUACCGUUAAAAGAUAAUAUUAUGCCUUUUUUUUGCGAUUUUAUAACUAAAAGUGGUAAAAUAUAAUUAUUUAUAAGUACUAAGCCUUAACCUAAUUUAGAUAAUAAUUUCAUUUUUAUUCAAAAUCCGAAACAAACAAUAAAAAUUGAGGAUUUUUUUAAAAAAGAAGACUUUAUUUUUAUGAAUAUUUAUUGUUAAGAAGAAUCUUCGUUUAUUUUUAAGGUUUAUUUUGCUCCCUUUAAUAUUUAUUUAUAAAAAAGUGAUUAAAAAAGUUUAAAAUAAAAAGAAUUUUCAAUAAGAAAUAAAUUUUUAGAAGAAAAAACAAUAUUUUUACA